UAUAAGAGAAUGGGAAAAGAUAACUUCAGAUUCAUGGAUCCUUAAUACAAUUUUAGGUUACAAAAUUGAGUUUGAUGAAAUUCCUUUUCAAAACAAAAUUCCUGUUCCUAUUAAAUUUAAUGAAAAACAAACAGAUAUAAUAGAUCAAGAGGUUAUAGACCUCCUGAAUAAAAAUGCAAUCAGUGUAAGCAAGUUUGAAGCAAAUCAAUUUAUUUCUAAUAUUUUUAUAGUGGAAAAGAAAAAUGGCAAAUUUAGACCGGUGAUAAAUUUGAUGAAAUUGAAUGAAUUUAUUACUUAUCACCAUUUUAAGAUGGAAACUUUAGAUGUGGUUUUAUCUUCUAUAAAAAGAAACUCAUUUUUUGUCAGUAUUGAUUUGAAGGAUGCUUAUUUGUCAGUACCCAUUUAUAAAAAUGACAGAAAGUAUUUGAAAUUUUUUUGGAAAGGAGUCCUUUAUCAAUGCAAUGCACUAAUGUUUGGUUUGGCAUCAGCUCCGAGAGUUUUUACUAAAUUAAUGAAACCCAUUUUUGCUUUUAUACGACAGCAAGGAAUAUCUUCAUUUUAUUAUAUUGAUGACUCAUUAAUUCAGGCUAAUCAUUUUGCUAAAUGUGAACGGGAUGCAAAAUUUUUAGUUAAUUUGUUAGAAAGCUUGGGAUUUGUUGUUAACAGAGAAAAAUCGGUUUUAAUACCAUCUCAAGAAAUACAUUAUUUGGGUCAUAUUAUAGACUCUGUCAAAUUCAAGGUAUAUCUACCAGAUGAAAAAGUUGAAAAAAUUAUUUCUUAUUGUAACUUACUUUCAACCAAAAAAGUAUGUUUUAUUAGGGAAGUUGCAAGAUUAAUAGGAUUAUUUACUUCCUCCCUUCAUGCCAUAAAUCUAGGAGCUCUAUUUUUUAGAUACUUAGACAGAGAUAAAGUUCAAGCUUUGGCUAAAGAGAAUAACGAUUAUGAUGCACAAAUGUUGUUGAGUGAUAUGUCUAUUAACGAAAUAGUUUGGUGGAAAGAAAAUAUAACACUUAGGAAUGGGAAAUGGAUACGGGACCCAAAAGUAGAUAUUUAUUUGGAAACAGAUGCUUCAAAAGCUGGAUGGGGUGCAAAUUUAAAUGGUAAAAUCACUGGUGGCAGAUGGUCAAAAACAGAAUCAGUUUUGCAUAUAAAUAUUUUAGAAAUUAUGGCUAUCAAAUUUGCAUUACAGAGUUUAUGUCAGAAUAUGAAAAAUAUACAUAUUUGUAUUAGAUCAGACAAUAGCGCUGCUGUCUCAUACAUUAAUAAUCAAGGUGGAUCAGUAUUAUCAUUAUUUGAAGAGGCUAAAAAUAUUUGGCUUUGGUGUGAUAAUAAGAAUAUACUAAUUUCUGCUGUUCAUAUUGCGGGAAAAAAUAAUGUUACUGCUGAUUAUAUGUCUAGAUCCUUCAGUGAUUCAACAGAAUGGAAAUUGAAUGAAAAGGUCUUUGAUGAAUUAUGUAGAAUAUUUUUUUAUCCAGACAUGGAUCUCUUUGCAUCUAGACUAAAUAGACAAUUAGAAAAUUAUAUUUCCUGGUUUCCUGAUCCUUUUGCUUUUACUUCAGAUGCAUUUUCUAUCAGUUGGUCAGAUUUUAAACCUUAUAUUUUUCCUCCUUUCAGUUUGAUUGGGAGAGUUUUACAGAAGUUGGAGGACGAUCAGAAGUGGUUUGACUUUCAUCGAUGGACGGAUUUACGAGUACCCGGAUACAGUCUCAGGACUAUUCUUAAAAAUGAUUGCACAGGAGGAACAUGGUCACAGUGACAUAUUUUUGCGUGUUAGUGAACGAUGAACUGUAUAGACUGUGGUGUGUUCUUUAUGACAUGGAUAUAUCGGACUUUGGAGUAAUUAUUACGUAUAAUU